GAGACCAGUUGCGUGUGUCGGGUCGACGUGUAACUUUCGUUCUCUUGGUCCGCAAAAAACCCGCCGAUUUACGGAAACAAUAAACACCCUUGUUGAUAAAUGGUUUAUUUUGGAUGAUUAACACUCUGUUUAACUAAUACCAAAGGAUCAGAAUCUCUUCCCGACAGACUAUGGCGACAGUGCUGCCAUCUACUGUUCAGGAACUUAAUUCCAUGCAAAGCACCGUUCUAUUUUCAUCACCCAACAUGUACGUGAAAGAUUCUAACAAAGGAUUUGAAAAUAUCGCAACAGAGAAACGCAUCAAACGAGAGGUCAGCCUGCCCACUGGUGUCGAGAACUGGAACAUCGGCAACUAUGAGUCGUACUUGAACUUCGAGGACAACCUGAUCCCCAGUCCUUUCGAGGCCGUCCAGUCCGAGGACAGACUAGUUCCGGAGGAAGGCUACCAGAGGGGGAGGUGCGAAUCAUUCUCUUCCGCUUCUUCGGCUGUCGAGGACAACAAGCCUCUGGUUUAUCACAAUUUGGGAGUCAAGUCAUUCAAGACAGUUGCCAUGGAUUCCGGAUCAACUUGCUUUUCUUCAGAUCAUUCUUACCUCAGUUCAAGUGCAUCCAACAUGAAGUUUUUGGAUGUUGAGGAGACAUAUGAAAACCUGGAUGUCUUUUUUCAACAGGUGCCAGAACUAAAUGUCACGGAUAGUAUGUCUUCAUCAUUAUCGUCAUCUGUUCCAUCACCGGCUGAAGUACCAAAAUUUGAAUUUGCUGAUGUACAGGAUAGUUUUGGAUUACAAGCUAGCUCGAGCCAAAGCAGCUUGGACAACUUAUUAAAACGUACGGCCGACAUCAUUUCCAGCGAGGACGAACUCAACCCUGCCAAGCGUCAGCGAGAUGCACCCAUUGAGACUUACUACUUUGAGCAUCGAAGAAAAAACAAUAUCGCUUCCAAAAAUUGUCGUAAGACUAGAAAAGAGAAACAGAAAGAGAUGGAGUCAAGGAUUUCAGAUUUGGAGAAAGAGAGGGAGGGUUUGAAAGUGGAAGUGCGCAUCUUAGAAGAAAUGAUACAAGCCCAUAAACAGAAAAUUUUUGAAAUCUUACGACCACGGUAGAGGAAACUGACAUUGUAGCUCAUAUUUUCAUUUGUCGCAUGAAGUUCAGCACAUUUUAGCAUGUGAUCUUUUCUCAUCGUAAGAUUUCUUUCAGAUUGAUGUGAUCUUAUGAAUAAACAUUUAGGACUUUGAAACAUUAUUCUGUAAUGUAACUAAGACUUAUGCAAUUAGUGCAUUAAUAAUCUUAAAAUUUGUUACGAUGAACAAAAAAAAAAAUUGAAUAUUCAUUUUGAAUUUCAUUUGUAGCUCACCAAAGUGAUAUAUUUUCAAAUUCCUGUUGAAGAAUACUUCCUACUGUCUAAUGCAUAAAAGUAUUUUUAAAGAAUGCAUAAACAUAAAUGUGAAGUAAAGAAAGUUCUAAGUAUUCUUAUAUCAAGAUUUUUAUUUGAAUACUCGAUUUAGUUUAAUUGUAGAGUAUUUCAACUUCAAUCAAUGUUAAGAAAUUUUUCGUUAACCAAACAGCUGCAAGAAUUGUUUUUUGUUUUGAUUGGCAGCUUUAAUUUCAUUAUUUUUUAUUUCAAAUGCUUUUCACUUAAGUCCAGCUGGUUCUGGUGAAAUUUUUAGAAGUAAGAGCAUUUGGAACACCGUUUCCAAGUUUUAGCUCAAUUUACAAGGAAACUUGGAAUGCAUUAUACAUGACCACAAAAAUAGCAUAUUCAUUGUUUAAUUUAAAAUGUAUGUAUUGGUACUGCAGAAAAACCAAUGCAUAUUGUAUAUAUUUUAUUGUAAAUAAAUGUCAAGAUUGUUUUUUUCA